AUGCUUAAUCUGGGCAUGGAGUUUGUUGAUUCGAUAUCAAACCCGCAGGGCAUUCGGCCGUUGUCAAAGCAUCCGACUUCAAGACAUGGGCCCCAGGAGGACAAAACCCCAGAACCACAGGGCAUCCGUAAGAGCGUCUCCUUCAGCCUCCGUGUGCGCGGCCCUGGUGCAGGGUACAAUUCCCCCUCGCCGGAACACCAACAGGCCCCAACCCAGCAGCGCUGCCCUGGCAGCAACGAUGCACCACAACAGCAGGCCACACUGCCGACCGGGCCCGAAGGAUCAAACGAGGCCGUAGUGAGAAGGUUGUUCAGGGCCGUUCAAGGCUAUGCCAGCUCACCAGAGCCCCAGCCAAAGGUGUACCCCGGCUGGAUUCCCCAACCGCAACAGAAUAAGAUCAUCAUGGCACCGGCAGAACCGGCACUGGCCCAGGACUCCCAGCCAGCAGCAAAUCCCACCACAGCGAUCGGCCGAAGCCAGUCCGACAGCACCACAUUGAAGGUUUCAGGGCAGGCACCGGAUCCAGCUGGUAGCAAAGAAGCUGGACUCAGCGGCUUCUCCAUGGAUGCACACGCCCUUGCACAGGCGCGCAUAGUGCUGGGCUGUACCAGCCCAGUGGGAUAUCCACUGACCACCUUUCCUUCUGGGCCGGCUGGCCUUGCACCAGGGAUUCACAGCGACGGUUGGCCGCCCGUAUUCAGCCGGGAGCCCGUAAAGCAGCUUACGGCCCGACAGCACUCGCAGCAGCAAUUGGGAAUGCAUGGAACCGUAGCAGGCAACCCGCCUGCCGCCUGUCAGGGAUUGGGCGGCGCUCUGCCGGUCCCGAUGCCGGCUAUUGCAGGUUGGGAAUUUCGGCAAGCCCCAUCACGGCAGGCAGGCAGGCGAAGCAUAUCACCUCACCGGGUAGGUCUCCGGUCGAGCACUGGCAGCGGACCUGGUCGGGCCUGGGGCCAAGUGGCCACACGUACGGUCACGCUAGGCCAGCCGACGCAGAAGGCCAGCCCACGGCCUACCAGGACGCCACCUCCAACUGCAAGAACAAUAACUCAACCAAUAUUAUCGCCACCAGUAGCAGCAAUAACAACAGCAAGAGCAACGGCUGGAAUAGUCACAGCAACGGCAAUGGCUUCAAGGUCUCCUGGUGUGCGCCGAGCGCUGGCUACCAGUCCAGAGGCCAGGAGCACAGACGGCCCAUUAGCCAGCGCUGCCGGGUCACCACAUGCGACCUUUGAGCAGGUGCACCUGCUGCUCGCGUCGCUCAACCUCCCUGGGUUGGGCCGCGCGAGCAUGGGUGCCGAUCGACCGCCGAUGGGGACAGGCUGCGAUGCGCCUGAGGAGCAGCAGCGACGGGACCUAGACAACUUGGCGCCGGCGGUUUCCGCUUUCACGGCGGGACUUGCAGACCAACACAUUUCCGCUGCGUACUGGCCGCAAGUAUCUGGGCAGGAAGGGGGGCUUACGAACCCCGCGGCCAAAAGCAUGAUGGCAGCGGCCAGAACGGAUUUGGGUUUUACGCAAGGCAUGUACAGACGCCCUGGUGCGGUCCGUGUUGGCGCGGAUGCAUUUGAUGAGUAUCCGCCGCAGCCGGCGGUGGCCAUGAACGCACGCUGCGGUAAGAAUGGGGCUUAUGAAAAUUUUGAUGCCGUUCGGUGGCCGUUCGACCAAGCGCUUGCAGCCCGCGGCCCUGGUGGCCCGCGGGCGCAUGAGCUCGCCAAGUCCGGCAGCACGGACGCCGCGGGGUUCCUGCAGGCACUACAACCGGCGUGCUACGCCUGGCUGCGAUCGGUUGCUAGGAUAGCAGCGCAGCAGCGGCAGGCGGCCGUGGAUGAUAUGGGCGAGCUGGUGCAGCAGCUACAGGAGGCGCAGCUGGAGCGGAAGCACGUGGAGGCGUACCUGCUGGGAAGCCGGUUGGGGAUCUCGCGACAUAGGCUGGCGCGCCUGCAUGAGCUGGUGGUGGCAUCUGGCACCCCGCCCGCUGUGACGGCGGCGCUGCUGUCGCAGCUGGAGGACCGCCUGCGGUUGAAAGUGGCACUCGGGGCGCUGCGACGGUACGCGGCCGGAGCACUGCACUUGCUGGACCUGCUGCAGUCGCGUAACGAAGCCGGCGGGCCGCUGGCAGCGGCCGCAUGGCAGUGCUGGAGGAGGGCAGCGGCGACGAGCGAGGUUUUGCGGGGCCGUAUGGACGCCAUGGCUGCAGCCAGGUGGCGUCUCCAGGCUGUCCGCGUGCUGUCCGCCUGGCAUACCCUCGUCAGGCGCACUGGUGAGCUGCGGGAGCUGGGCAUGCGUCUGCACGACCGUCUUGCGCCACGCCGCGCUGCACAGUGCUUGUUCGCCUGGCGUGCUGCAUGUAUGCGCGAGGCCGUUCUCCGGCGCGCACUGGUCGCAUGUUGUGCGGCGCGUAUACGGCGCCAGCUGCUGGCAUGGCGGGACACGGCACGGCGGGUCGCGCACUCGGGGCGGCUGCGCCGUACCGCAGAGCGGCAAUACCGUUCGCGGCUGCUGCUGGCGUCGUUGGCGCACUGGCGUUUCCUGCACGUGAGCCGCGCAGUGGAACGCGUGUGGGACUCGGCGCUGGCACGCCGGCGUGGACUGCAGCUGCUGGCACGUGCAAUGCAUGUGUGGCACUUCUAUGCACGCAGGUGCCGCCAGCUCAUUCGACAGCUGGCCGGGCGACACGCAGCCGUAGCCUCCGAUGCCAUGGCGGUAGUAAACGAGAGCGAGCUGCCCGCGCCACUCGCGCUGGCCGGUGUGCCGAUCAUGAUCCAGCAGCUGCUAUCAGCCGCACGCACGUAUAUGCUUGCCAUGUCGGAUGAGCUCCUCCACCUGCGCUCCUUCCUGCGCUUCACCAAGUUGCCUGCCGGGGCGCAGCAGCGAACCACCGAGGCCAUCGAGGCUCACAAAACCUGCCUGGGACCCGGUCUCCGUAUCACAGCCGCACCAUUGGGGACGUCCGCGGGCGACGAUCAUGAGCGGGCAGACUUUGGAGGGGUGGCCAUCAGCCGCACGGCGCGUGCGGGGGAUGUACGGUGUGGCCGUGUUCGCGCAUCACCGCGGCUGCUGAUAAGUGGUCAGUGGCGGCAUAAGCGGCAAGUGCUUGUGCUCUUGGCGCAGCUGCAACAGGUGGAGCGUAUGGCGGAGGAUGUAGACGCUCAACUCGAGGCCGCAGAGAGGGACGGGCGGAUAGUGCGACUGGGCCUCCAGCAGCGUGCCGACCAAAUACAGCGGCGCACCGCCGCCAGUCUGGACGACAUGGCGGCUGCUAGGGCCCAGCAGCAGGCGCUCCAGGCAGACAUGGAGCACCUGGACAAGGAGGUGCUGGCUGUUGGGGACUACAUCGACCGCUGCCAUGCGGCGUCUGUCGAAGCGGCGAACGAGCUGCGGAACGUGGAGGCGCAGCUAGCGGAGGCGGAGGCUCGGCACCAGGAGGCACAGGCUGCUGCUGCUGAGGCAACGGCGUGGGAGGCUUCUCUCAGGCACUCCCAGCUGGCUAAGCAAGCAGCAGCGGAAGCCGCGGCCAGGCAGCUACCCCACCCCAGCUUCACACAUGCGCAAGAGGCUGAGCGCCGGGGGCGCGAGCGGCUGCUGGCGGCGCAGCGGCGGCUGUCGGAGGCACUGCAGCUCAAGGCAGCACUCAUGGCGCAUUGGCGGGAAACGCAGCUGGAGGCGACGGCGGCACCGCGUUACGCAGCUCAGCGACACGCGCUGCGGGUGGCGGAGGCGCAGCAGCAGGUGGUGGAAGCCGCCAAAGUGGUAUCCCUGGCGGAGCUGGAGCGCAGCUACCAGCAGACGGCGAGACUGCUAUGCGAAUGCGCUGCGCUUUGUUAUGUAAAGGGUUACCCUGUCGUUGCCGAGCAGGUCCAUGACUUGCUGGUCGCGGUGGACAGGCUAACACGUGCGACACAGGACGCCAAGGGCGCCGACGACGAGCUCCAAGCUGCCGCGGAUGCCGCGGAUGCCCAGGCAGCGGAUGCCGCUGAACGGACUGUAGCGGCAUCACGGGAGACGGCACAGGCUGCCGUGGCGGAGCAGCGGGCGCAGGGCACCGUGCUAGCGCUGCGGCAGCGGCUGCGUGAGCUUCAAGAGGCUCAGACGAUAGACCUGCCGUCGACGCCGACAAUGGGUCAAUCAGUGCUGCUGGAGCCGCUGCGCGCACGCGAGGAGCAGCUGAAGGCGGAGCUGGAGGCCUGCACGGAGCGCGCGGAGGCUGCCCAGGAGGAGCUGCGGGCGGCGAUGACAGAGGCAGCCGCGCUGUCGCAGCAGGUGGAGGCCGCCGAGGUGUCCCACCGCGCCCAGCUGCUACGUCUGCAACCCGCACGUGCCAAGCUGCAGCAGUCGGCUCAGCAGCUGCGUAGCAAGCUGGAGGGCUACCCCUCCGAGCUGGGCGCCGGCUGGGAUUGGACUGCCAAGAAAUUGCCGCUCGGAAGGGCACAGGAGCCACGGCCGGGGAUGCUGCUGGCAGACUCUGAGCCUGAAACAGAUUCUGAUCUGGAAUCGAGAGCCCAGGAUGGCGGUGAUGCUCGUUUGGGCGACAGCGCCAGCGCAGCGUCCAUGCGCCUCCAGAUCCCGCCACCUGCCGUCAAUGCUAUGGCAACGUUAUCAGCAGCAGUGCGUGACGAUGCGGGUCUGUUCGUUGAACCUGAGCACCACCAGCAGCAGCAAGCCAGCAACGCCGGCGCGUCAUCAUCAGACGAUCAACUUCUUCAGCAGCCGCAGCAUUGUCCUGGCCGUCUCGGCCUUAACUUCCAUGGCAUGUCCACUGUACAGCUAUCGCGAUUUGCCCGGGCCGUCCUGGGCUCGGCGACCGCCCACAACGACGGGGUCGUUCUGGACACUAGCCCCGUACACAGAUGCCCCCGAAGCGCAGGUUUCACCGCCAUGGCUGCUGCAGCUGACGCCGACGACAACAAUGACGACGGCUACGCAGCCUCAGCCGCCACGGACGAUAUACAGGGCGAAGAUGGACCGCCGCUAGGCGUCAUACCGCCGCGGCUGGAGGUGUUUACGGAAUCAAGGGGGCAGAGACUCGCGGAAAGCCUGCAGCUAUUAGGCGCUCGUGGUGCCGGCAGCGCUGCGGCAUGGGCUCCGAACGUUGCGCACAGCAGUAAGCCAGUCCACAACAGGUGUGCAAGAAGGCAGCAGCUUCCAUCCGCAUCCUAUGAGCUGCACAGGGUCAGUAAAGCGUGUCACGAAUGUGGCGCAAGCAGCCCUCCACAUGCACUGCCGCAUGGCGCUGCUAUUUCACAGGAACCCGGCCGGCACAUGUCCCUGCUCGAGCGAGCGCUUGGCCAUGAUCAGGAUGCAGCGCGGCUCGUGUGCUCCAAUGCAGAUGCCACUGGCGCCAGUGAGGUGCGCGGCGUUGACGGCGAAGACGGUAGCGCCGCUGACCCCUCGGCUGCUGGCACGGAAUCAGCGCGGCUCGGGGCAUACCAUGAACGCCAAGGUAGCCUUCUUGGCUCGCGACAUGAGGGCAGCUCACAGCUGCCUUCUGCAUCGCAGCCGUACUUGGACGACUCCCAGACAACGUCCUUCUGGGAGAUGGGAUAUCCUCGACUGCCGUUCCGCACGCCAGCUAUUAGUAGCAGCGGCGGUGUUGCAGGAUCGGUUUCGGAGAGGCGAUGUGUUGGCAGCAGCGGCAACAUGUCCGGUCAAGAGGAGGGCCUGGAAAAGCUGCCAUCACAGUCUCGCAAGUCCGCUCCUGCCUCAGAGCCUGCGGGGCGCGCUGCGGGCCGCCUCUCAAGCGCGAGUUCCAUACAUGCGCAUUUGUCCGACCCAGGCAACAUGCUGGCCCAGGGGGCUACGGCCACCUCCACAAGCAAGCCGUGCAAGGACGCCAACUUGGGCCCUAUGCACACGCACGAACUGCAGCUGCAGGAUGACGCGACUGCGGCCGCAAAGGGCCGCGACAUAGGUGCCCAAGCGGGAUCUGCGUUGGGUUUGGCUGUCACUCCUUGCCGACCCAGUCACGUAACGAACGGUGAGGCGCCCAUCGAGAUGGGAGGAGCCGAGGGCUCAGACGCAUCCUGCUCCGCGUCACAGAGUGUUGCAGUGGACGCUGGCACCACAACGCCUCGAGGCCUGGAUGGCGCAGCGUGGCUGUUUAACAGGAGGAGGCUGUGCUGUCGCACGCUACAGGGCUUCCGGGCGUAUGCCACCAGCCUGACCAGCUUGGCGGCCCGAUUGCGCGGCAUCUCCGGCGUGGUGGCACUGCGUUCUGCGCUCUUAUCCUGGCGUUCGGCCAUCAGGGAGCCCAAGGCGCUGGCGGAGCGAGUAGCCCGCUGCAGCGCCUACCUUCGCUGUUUGCACCGUUGGCAGUCGUACGUGUGCGAGCGGCGCCAACGAGCGGGCUUGAUCGAGUUGGGCCGCAAGCGCAUCUGGCAGCGCAUUUUGCGCGCGUGCUUUAUCUGGUGGUGUAUGUGGUGCAACGACCAGGUUUCAAAGCGCCGAGCUGCAGCCAAGGCACGUGCACAUCUGGUGCGUGGCCUAUUGCUGCGGUGGCGUCGGGGCUCGCGGAUGUCGCAGGAAAAGCGCGCGUGUGCUACUGCUGCAAAUAAGCUGCGUUGUUUUAGCCAGUGGCUCCACGUCUUGCGAACUCGGCAGUUGCUGCUGCGGGUCUUCGCCCGAGCGGAAAUGCUGUGGGACGCGUACCCGGAGCCAUCCACGCACUUUGGCAACGAAUUUGACGCGCUACGCCAAGCCUUCAACCAGCUGCGGCGCUACCGAGCAUACCGCCUGGACAAGCGGAAGCACCGUAUCAACGAGCAAGCUGCAGCGGCGUUUCGCGCGUCGCUGCUUCGCGUUCGGUCUUUUGCCGCUUGGCAGGCUGCGGUAGAGUCGGCGCGGGAGGAGCGCUUCGUCAUCCGCCGGACAGUGAGGCUGCUGCGCGCCUGGCGGCUGCUCACGCGUGGGAUGCGGGAUGUGCCUGGCAGCCUAUGCAAUCUGCGGCGGCGCUUGCGAACAAGGGGCUACCUGGCGGGUGAGGCCGAUGUUCGCCGCCAGCGGCUGCUGCGCUGUGCGCUAGCGGCCCUGAGAGCGCACUCUGAGGUGUCGUACAGGCAAUAUGCUCGGACGCUGCUAUCGCGUGCUCUGAGCUCCUGGCGCCUUGUGCUUGCUGAGACGGCAAACCUGGUAAAGGUGCAUCAGAGCAGCACGCUCCGUGCUCUACUAUGGCAGUGGCAUGCAAUGGCUGCUGCACAUGCCCAAUUACGAUGCGCCUGCUCUGCGCUCAUGGCUCGGCGGCACCGGUAG